AAAGGAUAAAAACAUCUAUCAAUCUUUCAUUUUUACUGUGGAAUGUCCCAUUAGGGUUAGAGGAGAAGUUUUAAAUUAUAUGUUUUGUCAGAGUAUGGAAUGUGAGUUCCAUGGCUUUGCGUGAUUUUUGGGAUUUUUGUGGUAACAUGUGCAUAUGUGUUUAGGGGCUCCUGCUUUACAUGCAUCUCCUGUGUUUUCUCUUCUCUUUUACUUCUCUUUACCUAAUGUCACUUCCAUUCCCAUCAGCCAUUCAUCUCCUCUGAUUUAUUUUUCACCUCCUCCAGGAUGCUGUGCCUCAGUUCCCUGCCCACGCUCCUCCUCCUGCUCCUCCUCUGCCCCCCUCAGCUUCAUGCCCAGGACGGCCUGGUUCGUCUGGCCGGCGUCGGCCGCCGGAGUGCCAACGAGGGCCGUGUGGAGGUGUUUUAUAACGGAGCAUGGGGCACCGUGUGUGACGACGAGGUGGACCUGAACCUGGCCAGGGUGGUGUGCCGACAGCUAGGCUUCGAACGUGGCCUCACCUGGGCGCACAGCGCUAAGUUUGGCGAGGGGCAAGGUUUGAUCUGGUUGGACAAUGUGCGCUGCAUGGGCUCAGAGCUCUCCAUUUCUGAAUGUCGCUCCAACGGUUGGGGGAUCAAUGACUGCACCCACGCUGAGGACCUGGGGGUUAUUUGCAGCCCAGAAAGAAGAUCUGGCUCCCCCUCUGCCCCUGUGGAGGAGCCGUCCAGACGCCAGCCAAGCCAGCAGAGACAGAGGAACCCCCCACCACCACAGUCUGUCCAGCCCUCGGCACAGAUCUCCUCGUCUCUUGCGAGAGGCCAUGAGAUCGCCCUCCAUCGCAACCCAACUUCUUCUUCCCGUCGGAGCAUGAUUUCCCCCCAGGAGAACGGCCACGAGAUCCAGAUCUUGAGACGGAAUCGAGGCAGUUCCAGACCAACUCCACAGGUGAGCUCCGCUCUGCCUCAAGGCCACCAGCUGCCUUCACGUCUGGCAAACGCUGCCGCCUACAGGCAGAGACUGGAAUCAGCCAGGAACAGUCCACAAGCCGUGAGACGAGAAGCAGAGGGACAGGCCAACAGGCAGUCCCAGUCCCAGCCUCAGCCUCAAGUCCAGCCGGAGCGGAGAAGUGACAGGAACCAGCAGCUCAGUGGGAACCAUGUUGAACCAGAGCCCGUUUAUCCAGACAUGGAGCCGGACACGCAAUACAUCCAGGGAUCUGAACGGGUUCACCUAGAGGAGGCUCGUCUCCGGCCUGUGCUGUCCAGCAACCAUGGCGGUCUGGUGACGGAGGGCGUGCUGGAAGUGAAGCAUGCUGGGAGGUGGCGUCAUGUGUGCAACCAUGGCUGGGACCUCAGCAGCAGCCGCGUCGUCUGCGGCAUGCUCGGAUUCCCCGCCGCAGAAGCGUUUGACCAAAACGCCUACAGGAAACUGUGGGACUCCAAGUUAGCUGAUCCGUCCUCCAGGCUGAGGACUCAGAUCGGUAAGAAGGGCUACUGGGUGGAGAAGGUGCAGUGUCAAGGCUCGGAGGUGUCUCUGUCUCAGUGCCAGGCCCAGCUGUCCCUCCCCAGGAGUAGCGCCCCCUGCAGUAACGGCAUGCACGCCGUGGUCCGCUGCGUCCUCGGAUACCAGUUCACACGCUACGGCAGAGCGCCUGCACCUCCCGCCACGCCGCCUGUGGUGCGUCUGAAGGCGGGGCCCCGGGUCGGGGAGGGCCGUGUGGAGGUGCUGAAGGAGGGGAAGUGGGGCACCGUGUGUGACCACCUGUGGGACGUGGCUGCAGCCAGCGUGGUGUGCAGAGAGCUGGGCUUCGGGACGGCCAAGGAGGCGCUGACCAAGGCUCUGCUGGGACAGGGUACGGGCCCCAUCCACAUGAACAGUGUGCAGUGUACCGGCAGGGAGACGUCCAUCACUGAGUGUUCCUACAGACCCGUCCCGCUCUACAGCUGCAAGCACAACCAGGACGUAGCCGUCCGCUGCAACACGCCCAACACCGGCACGCAGGCCACGGUGCGUCUGGCAGGAGGCAGGGAGCCGGCGGAGGGCCGUGUGGAGGUGCUGAUGGAGGUCGGAGGUCAGAGGCGUUGGGGCUCCGUCUGCAGUGAGAACUGGAGCAUCAACGAGGCCAUGGUGGUCUGUAGGCAGCUGGGCUUCGGCUUCGCUUCAACAGCUCACCAGGAGACCUGGUACUGGGCCGGUUCUCCAGACGCUGCUCAGGUGGUUCUGAGUGGAACUCACUGCAUCGGCACUGAGAUGUCCAUCCAGCAGUGUCGCAGAAACACAAACGUCUACUGUCCCAGAGGAGGAGAGGGCCGGGCAGCAGGAGUCACAUGUGUAGAGACUGCUCCUGACCUGGUCCUGGAUGCCCAGCUGGUCCAGGAGACGGCCUACCUGGAGGACCGCCCCCUCCACCUGCUCACCUGCGCUAACGAGGAGAACUGCCUGUCGUCGUCUGCUGCCAGGAUGACCUGGCCCUACGGACACCGCCGCCUGCUGCGCUUCUCCUCACGCAUCAUGAACCUCGGCCGCGCAGACUUCAGACCAAGAGCCACCAGAGAGAGCUGGACCUGGCACCAGUGUCACAGACACUACCACAGCAUCGAGGUGUUCACCCACUACGACCUGCUGACGCUGAAUGGGACCAAGGUGGCUGAAGGCCACAAGGCCAGCUUCUGCCUGGAGGACACCUACUGCCCUGAUGGGGUCCAUAAACGCUACGCCUGCUACAACAUGGGGCAGCAGGGCAUCUCGGUGGGCUGCUGGGACACUUACCGCCACGACAUCGACUGCCAGUGGAUCGACAUCACAGACCUCCGGCCCGGUGAAUACGUCUUCCAGGUGGAGGUGAACCCGUCUUUAGACAUGGCUGAAUCUGAUUUCCAGAACAACGUGAUGCGCUGCCGGUGCAAAUACGAUGGAGCAAGAGUUUACAUGUUUGGAUGCCAUGCAGGUGAUGCGUACAGCGCCGAGGUGGAGGACUUGUUUGACCACCAACGUCAGAUCUCCAACAACUUCCUGUGAAUAAAGGAACACGCAGAUUUAAGGACAGAAAACUGUACAACUCCUCAGCACACCUCAACAUGUCAGAGGAACGAGGCUGAAUGACAAU